CGCCAGAACUAUUUUCUUGUGCGUAGACUACGCAGCGUAGUAAGCCUUCCUAUUGGCUAUACUCCGCAACAAAAGACAUCCGCACGUGGUAUUAUUCGAGCCGGCUGCCCCCUACAUGCAGUGUAAUGUGUUUGGUAUAAUAAUUAGUGACCUAUUGUGCUAUCUUUGCUAAUUUUUAUAAAACCUGGUGAAUGAAAUAUUUGUUAAGUGUAAGUAACUGUCAGUUACACAUAGUAAAAUAGACACUUGUUCAAUAAGGGGCCAUACUUAAAUGGCGUCUCCUGAUGCAAACACUUUUUUUAAACAAAUUGGCUGUAAUGAAUUGCAGUCAUUUGUUGGGGUGGGAAACCUUACACCUGAGCAAACGGAACUUCUAAAAAUAGCGGACAAACAACAAAUAAGAUCCUCCAGUUGCAAUUCUGAGCUUUAUCAGAGAUCGUCCAAUUUUUCAGAAAUUGACAUAUUAAACCCUUCUAUUAUUAUUGCUUCCCCUAAUACAAGUGAAGUAUUCUCGAAUCAAUUCGAGGAUAAUUUAGAUCCCCCACCGCAGAAGCGCAAAAAGAAGGCUCUCCUGUCGAAUUUUAAUUUAAAAGAAAUCUUGCAGAAGGAUGCUGUAGGAAAUGCGAUAUAUGUAUCAUAUCUUGGGAAGCAGGAACCCUUGGAUACUAGGUCUCAAGGGUACUUUUGCGACGUAAUUAUUACCUAUUUUCUAAAUAAAUCGGACAGCCGCCUUACUAACGAAGAAAUACAAUUUGUCACCGAACGUAUUGUUGAAUUGUUCCCCCAUGAAAUACAAGAAACUUAUUUUGUUCCACCAAUACGAAAAUUUCAAUCCGGGGACAGUAAAGCUGGCAUAUCUAAGGGAAAACUUAUUGAUAAAUAUAGAAAUAAAUUAUAAUAAAUAUAAGAAAGUCCACAAAAAAACAAGAGUAAGAAGAGAAGGAGGAAAUAUGUGAAGGUAAAAAUUAAUUUUCUUGUGAAUUUUCUUUUUCUCAAAACUUUAACUUUAUAGGCGAUAGCAAUUAUGAAACAGAACAGUCCAAAUUGUGGCUAAAACAUAAUCACUGUUCCUGGCCAGAUGUUGAAAAGCAUUGGACUUUAUCCAGACCUCUGCGUGCUACUGAACGCAAUAAAAAUAUAACCAUUGCAAAAAUUCUUUCAGACUGGCCAGUCCUGGGAACGCACCUUGGACCAACUCUGGUAAGAAAUAUUACUAUCACUUAAACAAUUAUUGCAGAGGGUGCAGAUA